AUGUUUUAUUGCUUCAAAGUGACACCAGACCAGAGAGAUUACUUGAGGUUCUUCUGGUACGAAGAUAACAUUUUUGGUAAACCGAUAAUUGAAUAUCGUAUGUGCGUACAUGUCUUCGGAAAUAAGCCUUCACCGGCAGUAGCCACAUAUGGCCUACGGGAAAUCGUCAAAGAUGCCGAUCCUGAUAUCCGGGAGUUUGUGAACAAAAACUUUUAUGUGGAUGACGGGCUGACGUCAUGCGAAGACGCCACGACAGCUAUUUCCUUGUUACAACGUACGCAAGCAGUGUUGAAGAAUGGGGGUGGAAUCAGACUUCACAAGUUUGCCUCCAACAGUCCAGAAGUCGUGAAUGCUUUCCCCACAGAAGACAUAGUUAAACAUGUGAGGGAAUUUGGCUUGGGAAAUGGAGAUGCUCCUGAUCAAAGUAGCCUGGGUGUAAUAUGGAAUUUAAAAAAUGAUACAUUCAGAUUUGAUGUAAACUUAAGAGACAUGCCAUUUACUCGAAGAGGAAUUCUUUCAUUAAUUAACGGCAUCUUUGACCCUCUCGGUUUCCUGGCCCCGGUUUUGGUUAGAGCUAGAGUGUUGCUGAGGGAAAUGAUGGAAUCAACGAACACGUGGGACGAGCCCCUACCUUUAGUCUUCGAGCAAAGAUGGAAAUCAUGGAAAAAUAGUUUAUCAGCUUUGAAAUCCCUAAACAUACCACGAACAUAUCGCAAAGCCAGGCCCAUAGAUAUCAUCAGCGAAAAUCUGCUGGUUUAUUGCGAUGCAUCCGAACAGGCUGUGGCAGCCGUAGUUGAUUUGCAGACCGUCACCCCUGUAGGCACUGAAGUUGGAUUUGUGAUUGGCAAAUCUCGCAUUGCACCAAAGCAGGGCUACACGAUCCCCAGGUUGGAGCUUUGUUCGGCUGUUCUUGCCGUCGAACUGGCUAAAACAGCAUCUACAGAAUUGGACAUGUCUCCUACAAACAUAAGGUAUUACUCAGAUAGUAAAGUUGCUCUGGGCUAUAUCAGUAACACCACCAAACGGUUUCAUACCUUCGUGGCCAAUAGAGUUAACAAGAUAACACGCUUCAGUACAUAUCAACAGUGGUUUUAUGUUGCAUCUGAAAAGAACCCUGCUGAUCAAGGCACAAGGUGUCUGGACGCCUCUAGGCUUUCAGAGUCUGUCUGGCUUACCGGACCUAGGCAGCCCUACACAGAUGAGGGGAGAAAUAGCAUGUUUCCUCUUGUUGAACCACAGAUGGACAAAGAAAUCAGGAAGGAAGAUAUCUGCACA